UCCGCCAGGCAACCGAAGCGGCGACCUCCUCUCCCCGCUACCAGGCUGCAGGAAUGACGGAUAACAUCCCCCUGCAGCCCGUCAGGAGGCCCAAAAGAACCGACAGUAAACACAGACAUGGGUGCUGCCCGUGGUCCAGAUGCUGCGGCAUGGGCGACCUCCGACCCCGCACCGUGUGGCUCGGCCACCCGGAAAAGAGGGAGCAGCGGUACCCACGCAACGUCAUUAACAACCAGAAGUACAACUUCUUCACCUUCCUGCCCGCGGUUCUGUUCAAUCAGUUCAAGUACUUCUUCAACCUGUACUUCCUGCUUCUGGCCUGCUCCCAGUUUGUCCCGGAGCUCCGCCUCGGUGCCCUCUACACCUACUGGGUCCCUCUGGCUCUGGUUCUGAUGAUCACCAUCGUCCGGGAGGCAGUGGAGGAGAUCAGGUGCUACAUUCGAGACAAGGAGGUGAACUCCCAGAUCUACAGCAAACUCUCCACCAGAGGGACUGUGAAGGUGAAGAGCAGCGGCAUCCAAGUGGGCGACCUGAUCAUUGUGGAGAAGAACCAGCGUGUUCCUGCCGACAUGAUCUUCCUCCGGACCUCGGAGAGAAACGGAUCCUGCUUCCUGCGGACUGACCAGCUGGACGGAGAGACAGACUGGAAACUGCGCCUCCCAGUGGCCUGCACGCAGCGUCUGCCCACCGCCGCCGAUCUGCUCCAGAUCCGAUCCUACGUGUACGCAGAAGAACCCAACAUCGACAUCCACAACUUCAUUGGGACUUUCACCAGGGUGAGACUUCAAACAGCAGCUUCUGUGCGGAGCUACUUGCAGCUACUCAGGAUUAUCUUAAUCUUCAUGUGGGUUUGCCUUCAGGAAGACGGAGAUCCACCGGUGAAUGAAAGUCUGAGCAUCGAGAACACCCUGUGGGCCAGCACAGUCGUCGCCUCUGGCACCGUGGUGGGGGUUGUGAUUUAUACCGGCAAGGAGCUGCGAAGUGUCAUGAACAACUCCAACCCCAGACACAAGGUCGGUCUCUUUGACUUGGAGGUGAACUGCCUGACCAAGAUCCUGUUUGGAGCGCUGGUCGUGGUUUCCAUGGUGAUGGUGGCCCUGCAGCACUUUGCUGGCCGAUGGUACCUGCAGAUCUUACGGUUCCUUCUCCUCUUCUCCAACAUUGUUCCCAUCAGCUUGAGAGUCAACCUGGAUAUGGGGAAGGUGGUUUUCAGCUGGAUGAUCAAGAAAGACUCCAAAAUACCCGGCACCGUGGUCCGAUCCAGCACCAUACCGGAGGAGCUCGGCCGGAUCUCCUACCUGCUGACGGACAAGACAGGGACUCUGACGCAGAACGAGAUGGUGUUCCGCCGGCUCCACCUCGGCACCGUGGCCUACGGGAUGGACUCCAUGGAUGAAGUGCAGAGUCAUGUGUUCAGCGCCUACACUCAGCCCAGCCACGACCUCCCCACCUCUAGGACACCAGCCGCCACCAAGGUGCGCAAGACCAUCAGUAGCAGAGUCCACGAGGCGGUGAAGGCCAUUGCCCUGGUGCACAACGUGACCCCCGUGUACGAGGCCAAUGGAGUGACAGACCAGGCUGAGGCUGAGCAGCACUACGAAGACACGUGCAGGGUUUACCAAGCCGCUAGUCCAGAUGAGGUGUCUCUGGUGCAGUGGACUGAGAGUGUCGGUUUGACUCUGGUGGGCAGAGAUCAGUCCUCCAUGCAGCUGCGGACCCCUACUGGCCAAAUCCUGAACUUCACCAUUCUCCAGAUCUUCCCCUUCACCUACGAGAGCAAGAGGAUGGGGAUCAUUGUCCGGGAUGAGUCCACAGGAGAGAUCACCUUCUACAUGAAGGGCGCGGACGUGGUGAUGGCUGGUAUCGUCCAGUACAACGACUGGCUGGAGGAAGAGUGUGGCAACAUGGCACGGGAGGGUCUGAGGGUCCUGGUGGUCUCCAAGAAGUCCCUGACUGAAGAGCAGUAUCAAGAUUUUGAGUCUCGAUACGUCCAGGCCAAGCUCAGCGUCCACGACCGCUCGCUGAAGGUCGCCACAGUGAUAGAGAGUCUGGAGAUGGAGAUGGAGCUCCUGUGUCUGACAGGAGUGGAGGACCAGCUCCAGACCGACGUCCGGCCCACCCUGGAGAUCCUGCGCAACUCUGGGAUCAAGGUUUGGAUGUUGACAGGCGACAAGCUAGAAACUGCCACGUGCACGGCCAAGAACGCACACCUGAUCACCCGCAGCCAGGACAUCCACGUCUUCAGAGCCGUGACCACACGAGGGGAAGCUCACCUGGAGCUGAACGCCUUCAGGAGGAAACACGACUGCGCUCUGGUCAUCUCUGGAGACUCGCUGGAGGUGUGCCUGAAGUACUAUGAGUACGAGUUCAUGGAGUUGGCGUGUCAGAGCCCGGCGGUGGUCUGCUGCAGAUGUGCCCCCACCCAGAAGGCUCAGAUCGUGCGGCUGCUGCAGGAGCGCACGGGGAAACUCACCUGUGCUGUCGGGGACGGAGGAAACGAUGUCAGCAUGAUCCAGGAAGCCGACUGUGGCGUGGGAGUGGAGGGAAAAGAAGGGAAACAAGCCUCGCUGGCUGCCGACUUCUCUGUGACUCAGUUCAAACAUUUGGGUCGUCUGCUGAUGGUCCACGGCCGCAACAGCUACAAGAGGUCGGCUGCUCUCAGCCAGUUUGUCAUCCACAGGAGUCUCUGCAUCAGCGCCAUGCAGGCGGUCUUCUCCUCCGUCUUCUACUUUGCUUCGAUCUCGCUCUAUCAAGGCUUCCUCAUCAUCGGCUACUCCACCGUGUACACCAUGUUCCCCGUGUUCUCCCUGGUGUUGGACAAGGACGUGAAGUCAGAAGUGGCCAUGUUGUAUCCCGAGUUGUACAAAGAUCUGCUCAAGGGUCGACCGCUGUCCUACAAGACCUUUCUCAUUUGGGUUUUGAUAAGCAUCUAUCAAGGGAGCAUCAUCAUGUAUGGCGCGCUGCUGCUCUUCGAGUCUGAAUUCGUCCACAUCGUGGCCAUCUCCUUCACCUCCCUGAUCCUGACCGAGCUGCUGAUGGUGGCGUUGACCAUCCAGACGUGGCACUGGCUGAUGAUCGUGGGCGAGCUGCUCAGUCUGGCUUGCUACAUCGCCUCGCUGGUCUUCCUGCACGACCUCAUCGACGUCAACUUCAUCACGACGCCAUCGUUCCUCUGGAAGGUGACGGUCAUCACGCUGGUCAGCUGCCUGCCGCUCUACAUCCUCAAAUACCUGCGGCGGCGCUUCUCUCCACCCAGCUACUCCAAGCUCACCUCCUAAGUGACCCCCCUGUCUGCCCCCUCCUGCACCUGCCACGGGUUCAAACACUGGUUUACUCCCUUUAUUAACGUCCUGUGAGGUUGGUCGCUCAGCAGAUCACUGGUUUGAUGUGGCCCGGGAUCUGAAGAUCAUGACACAACGAUAUUUGUGUGCUCAAUUAUCCAGAGCGAGGGUUGCUGGUUCAAUACCACCAUGGUGCAAUAUUCUGGAUCUUCUUUAUUCAAGCCUCAUUUGACCGACAACACGCCUUCUGUGUUUCGGACACCUGAUGCUUGACCCGAGCGUUGACCCUGGGCCACCUAGUGGACAGUGAAGGCAGUGUUUUUAACCAAGUAACUGUGGUUGUACUCAUCAAUUUGUGACUGCAAGGGUAAUAUGAUUUUUCACUCAUUUGAUUCCAGCCUAGCCUGUUAACUCUUGUAGCACCAUUGAGCAAAACAUUUCACGAGAGUCCCCCCAUAUUAUUGGGACAAAUGGAAGCUUAAAUCCAGGUCUGAUCAUCUUCGUAUGUCAGUCCUGUCCAAGCAGAAGAUGGCAGGCUGGUUUCAUCUAAUGAACUCUUACCUACUCAGCGAGUGGUUUGAUCCUCUGAGCUAAGUGCGAUAUAAUAAACUAACUAAAGUUAAAGAGCGACAGUGCUGAACACAUACAGCAGGCCACUGGCUCAAAACCUGGACCGGUCAUUAAUAACUUCCACCAGAGUCUAGUCCAGCGAGCAAGAGGUUGAUGACUGGCUCCCCGUGUCCUGCACGAAAGCACGAGUCAAAGUCCAAGCACAUGUCAUGAUGUUGUCCGGUAAGUCGGGUUUACCGGCCUGAUUUCUGUGUUCUUGUGUUUGUGUUUUCGCUCGUGGCGAUGACGGUGGUCAAAGUUGUCGGUUUGAUUACCAGGGUUCAAUGAGUCACAGUCCUUAAAUUAAAACAUGCACGUCUGCAACUGAAGUAAAAACACUUUCUCGACAGAUUUAGCAGCGUCGCCCCCUGUAGUUAGAAGGCGAUGACGCAGCUCGCCCUCGCCGCCCAACGACGACGCUCUGACCGGAAGCAGAGGAAUGAAGUGGUUUAGGUUCACGGCCCAGACGGCAGGUUUGUGUGUGCGUCACCGCCACCAAGCCCUUUGUUUAUUUUAGCCAAGCCGGGUGUCUGAAGUGAAAUCACAUCGCUGUGGUCCGGUCCGGAGGAACCGCUGAGGGGGCGCUCUCAUGUGGUUGUUUGUCUUAAUGGCUGCAUGAUGAGCCAUUACCCAAAAUACCCAGCGACCAAUCAGGUCAUCUGAUCCAGGAACCGCCUCGGUUCUCGCCGCUACUGACCUCAGAUCAUCUUUCAACAGAGGAGAAGUUCAAUGUGAUUCGUUUUGGCUUCUCAGUCAAAGCCCGGAUGAUUUGGUUUGUUUUCAGGCUGCACGACAUCUUAGAGUCACGCUAGUGUCACCAAUGGCAGCCUGGCGUUUGGUAGACUCUGAUACUGGCUUUGGCUUUUUAUUGUUGCCACUAUUAUCUCCAGUUUGACCUUUUAUUCACAGUGGUUUGAUAAUAUACAAAUAUAUGAAAAUGUUUCAUGUUUCUUAUUUGUCAGUUUGCCUUCUUUUACAUUGAUCAUUUGGCCCGUUUUGUUUUAACGUUGGACAUGUUGGGAGAUUUGUUUCUCAUACAUCAGUUGAAGAAUGGACUCCUUGUUAAGAGUUGUGCAGCCUGAAAAUGUGUGUCGUUGCCGUUUCUCAGUGAAUUAGUCACUUCACCUACUCCUGGGUUUGUAACAAAAAAGCCUCAUCUGCUGUGAGCGGUGCCAUAAUGUCUGAUGGAGUGACCCCAGAUGGACUGUUUCUGUUUUACCGACUGGUGCAAUUUGUGUUUUGGCUGCUUGUAAAUAACUUCAGUUGUUUUGGUUUUUUAUUUAUCGACCUUUUUUAAUAAAACGCUGAUGACUGCACUCCACUAUCAGAACAAAAAGGGACUUGAUGUUGUGAUGAUGAUGAAUAAAUCCCAUGUUUUCUUCUCUGG